UGCUGUGUUUCAUUGCUGAGGAGUUUACGGACGCGUCAGGGGCUCGCGCUCCCCCCCAAGUUAUCCCCCAGUUUACCUUCGGACGAGCCUGUAAUGGACUACUCCAGUUCUCCCAGCAACCUGGACUGAUUUUGAGAACGGUUUUAUUUUUCAUUUUUUAGCUCCUCUCCCCGGAUUUUCCACAUUCAAGUCAGCAGGAUGGCUGAAAGGGAGCCCGAAUCGCCUGGAAAACUAAAGACAUUAUUAUAGCCAGCAGUGGCUUUUUUUCCUUCUUCAGAUCCGAACGGAUUAUUUCUUUUAACAACUUUUCCCACUGUGGAUAAUGGAUGGCAGAGAUUUUGGACCUCCCCGAUCCGUCCACGUACCACCCCCGAUGUUGGCGGGGCUCGCAAUGGAGUCUCACCGACUCGGAGCAGCGGCGGCAGCCGGGAGGAUCCCUCCCUCGCCCGGUCACUUGGGCGCGAGUCAUCCGCCGCCUCUCCACUCCGGAAAAUUUCUGCCAUCGGCCAUUAACCUACACCAACACCACAGCGACGCCUUCCCGGCAAGCUCCAGUCCCUUCCUGUCGGGUUACCCCGGCCACUCCCCCAUGACCUCUGACCCUGCGUACAGAUCGGCCAAUCCCAGUGGUCUGCAGAUGGCCCAGCUCUGGGCGUCGCACGCUCAUGAAGGCUACCCUCCGCUGCCAAGCAGCCUGUACUCCAGCCCCUACCUGUCCCUGGGGCACCUGGACCCUCCCUCGCUCUCCCAGCACCCUCUCUACGACUCGCAUAAAGAGGGCUUUUACCUGCCAGCCUCCUUGAGCCAGUUGCCCCUCCACCCUCCGCCUGCCCCUCCGGCCGCCCCGUCCAGCUCCACGCCACCCCAGAGAAUGUCCCGGGACUUAGGGGUUAGGGACCGCCCUUAUCGGGGGGAGCGGGAGCGGUCAAGAGAGGAGCAGAGGCCGCACAGCGUGGUGGACCUGACGCAGGACGGGAGGAGAGAGGAGGACCGCCGGGCGAGGAGCGGCGACCGGGACCGAGAGAAAGAAAGGGACCGGGACACGGAGAGAGACCGGGAGAGCUGGCCGUUCCAUCCCCACGAGCAGAAGCCACCCCAGCCUUCCGCUGUGCUGCCCCGAUCCAGGCCGUCACCUCCACGGCAUCCUUUCCCUUCAGGCGGGGGUGGGAGGUUUCACGGACCAGAAACAGACAGAGGGGGUCGGGAGGAAGAAGGGGGCUUGCGACCCCACCACAACCAUAACUCUAACGCAAACUCAAAUAACUCAAACUCUCACUCAGAGAGGCAACGGAGGAAUGACUCCGUGGCCACGUCGGCUGGGACCCUCCACAUCUCCUACGCCCUUCCUCCAGCUCUUCAGCCCUCCGCCGCUGGCCUGCCUCACCCCUCCACGCCUAGGGAGUCUAUGAGAGAGCAGCGAGUCAGUGCGCCGACAUAUGUGCCUUCUGUGGAGGUUUACGACGAGCGGGUUGGGCCCAUCCAGAUCGCCUCGCAGGCCCGCGACAACAAACACAGGGAGAGGGAGAUGGAACGAGAACGAGAACGAGAGGGCGACAGGGAGCGUGAACGGGAGAGAAACAGGGAGAGGGAGAGGAGCCUGAUGGAGCAUCCUCGACUCUCCCAGUCCAGCGAUUCAAGCAAUCAAAGAGAGGAAGGUUCUGUCAUUUGUUCCAAUGGUUCCAUUGGUAAACGAGGCCAGGAUGCGUCCUACCCCUCGAGUCAAUCGAGGUUCAGUCCGGAAACUAGGGACAGCUCUAAACACUCGAUCCGAUUGGGCAUAGAGCGGGCAGGGGCGGAGCCUAAGUGGAACACCAUCAGCCCGUUAGCCAACUAUGCCACAAGUCACAUGGCUGCCCUGGCAGCCCAACAUGCAUACACGCACUCCUCCCCUCACGGCCAGCCCAAACGCACACAAAUGUCUCAUUCCCCUCACACAACCCACCGGCCCGCGAACAACACACACUCCUCCGCCCACAGCCAUUCCCCCCAGACACACCCCUCCCAACACGGACAUGGGCGUGCCGGUGAGGAGGUGAGUCAGAGACGCUACCUGGACCCAUCGGCGCUCUACCGACCCGGGGGGUCGCUGGCAGGAGAGCGAGGUGGGGGAGCAGGGUCGGACCCCACAGAGGUUUCAGCUAUGCAGAGUCUUAUUAAAUACAGCGGAAACUUUGCUGCGGAAGGUCCUGGGUCCGCGAGGCACGCCGCGGACGGCCGAGGGCCCUUCGGUGGUCUUGCCAACGUCGGGAUGGAAGCCGAACGGGAGAGGGAUAAAGAAAGAGAGCGGGAGAGGGAGAGGGAAAAGGAGAGAGAGCGGGAGCGGGAAAGAGAGCGAGACAGGGGGGAAAGAGAGCGAGAGAGAGACAGGGAAAGGGUGUCGGGUGGUUUGGGGUCGUUAAGGAUGCCCCCCCCAACUGAAGCGAGAGCAGGAGGCGGCCGGGACAGCGCCCGCUCAUUUGGGCCGGGAGGGGGAGGGGAGGUGCGCCACCCUCCGGUUGGCAUCGCUGUGGCUGUGGCCCGGCAGAGAGACAGUGGGAGCGCCAGCAAACAGACCAGUGGACCCUCGGACACGCAAAGAAGCCUGCUGCAAACCGCUAUUAAAGAUGAGGAGCGAGGGGAGGAGCGCGGCCGUCACCACGAUGACAGACUGCUGGCCAGCCGGCUGGAACGCGAGCAGGAGAAAGUGCUCAGAGAGUCCAAGGAGCUGUCUGAGUUUACUCAGAUGCACCCUGCCCCUAUGUCCAGCGCCCUGACACCCAGUAUGAUGACACCCAGCCUCAUGACCUCCAACCUCAUGGUCACAGGAGGGGCUGCCCUGGCAGGGGCAGGACGAUGGCCUCCCGACCCCUCAACUCUGACCUCUCACCCCUGGAUGCCCCGACCUGGAGCCCCCCCAGUCUGGCUCUCCAGCUCACCAUACAGCCUAGGUCCUUCCUCGAUCCACCAGAGCCUCCCCCCAGGCUACCCACCCUCUCUGCAAGGCUCCAUACCCCCUCACUACCAGUUUGCCAGGGACCCACAGUCUGGACAGCUAAUAGUCAUCCCCACUGAACACCUGUCACACUAUGGAGGUGAUGUCCUGGAGCGUGGAGCCCCAGUGUGGUCGGGGGUGUACGGUACAGGCAGCUCGCUGCAGCAUGCAGCCCAGCUCCAGCUCCUCUCCCAGCAGCAGAUGCUCCGGCAACAGGAGCUGCUCAUGAUCCAGCAGCACACGGCGCAGGUCCUGGAGCUGCAGAGGAAUGCACAGCUCGUCGAGCGCUUAAAGGCCAGCGAGCAGCGGCCGGAAAUGGAAGACAAGGCGGAUAAGCGGAACGCCGACCCCAAACCUCGGCCCUCCUCGAUAUCGUCCCCGUCUCCCUCGCCCAUCCCGCACCACCGCAAGCCCCCUCUUCUCUCACGCUCGCCGACUCCGUCUGCCUCCUCCCUCGCCCCUCUGCCUCCGCUGCCUUCGCCAGUGACCGCCCUCAAGUCGGAGGAAGGCGGGCAGAGGGCGUUGUCCCACCCGCCGACGCCCGUGACUCACCCGCCUUCCCCCCGCUCAGCUUCGCCACCCCCGUCCUCGCCGCGGCGGCUGAAACUGGAGGUGGGGCGGCGGGAGCAGAGAGACGGACAGAAGGCGGCCUCUGCUCCAUUUCAAGGCAUCUACUCUGAUCUCCCUCACGGUUACCCGUACCAGUCCAUCACUGCCCCAUACGGCUCCCCUUUCUCCCCCUAUCACAUCCCGGCUCCCACGGCGGCAAAUACAGAAGUAGUCCCACCCCACCGCUCCCGCUCUCCGGCCUCAGCUUCCCCUUUGCCCUCAGCCCACCUCCAUUCAAGGCUGCUCGACGCAGACAUCAAGCCGCAGAAACUAGACUCGUCAAAAACGGGAUCUGUCCUCAAGCAGGAACCCGAUAUGGAGCGGCCUCCACUCAACAUGAUGCCAGACCACCGGGGUCCUCUUCGCCGGAGCUGCAGCCCUGUGCUAGCCAGCCUGGACCCAGAGGAUGACGUGGAGGCCCUGAAGCCCCAAUCUCAACCGCUACCUCUGCUUGUCCACAGCCCUCCGCGGCUUCUAGGCGAGAGACCGGAGGAAGUCAGGCAGGAGGAAAAGGAAGGAGGGCAAAUCAAAAUGGAGGAGUCGUCUUACUCCUGUCAGGCAGCUUAUCCCCCGCCUCCUCCACUCACGAAGGCUGAGCCUAAACCAGAUGUCAUCCGAGAUCCAGAACAAUAUUCGCCGCGCGUCGCAGCAAAUUCAGACAGCUGGGGGUCGUCUCAGAUUUGUCCGCCGCUGGAACAAAUCACCAGCGCAGUGUGUGAGCAAGAGCAGCCAGACACUCAAAUCCGCUCGCACACUCCCAGCCCAAAAGAACAUGUCAAAGAAACUCCUGCUUAUCCUCCUCCAACCUCCAACUCGCCGCUCCCUCUGGUCAUCGGACCCGAGGAUCCCAUGGCUGGGAUGUUUGCUCUGCUGGCGGCCAGUGAAAUGGCCCAGGCCCACCCCCAACACCCUCCCACCCUGACACUCAUACCGCGGAUAGGAAACUCUUCAAUCGGUGCAGACUGCAGCAGCACUGGUGCUCUGGAGAUGGUGGCACUGGAGGGGAUGGCCCUGCUGAGCCAAAUGGCCCAACGAGAGAUGGAGCACAUUCGCCUGGAGCAAGAUAUGACAUUAGAGGGUCUGGACUGUCUCCUGAAAGCAAGCAGGCAGAUUUUGUUGGAGGCCAUUGAGAAACAGUCCCACAUUGAUCUGCCCAGAACGCUGGACCCCAACAAGAAGUACAGCUGGAGGCAGAGGAAGGAAGAGCCGCUGUACGGUAAAAUGUCUGUGGACGUGCUGGACGCGGUGGAAGUGGAAUACCGCAUCCGCCUGGCCGAGCUGCAGAAGACGUACAAGGAGAAGCAGAGAGAUCUGAGCAAGCUGCAGCGCCGCAGAGACAAGCGUGAGCGGCAGCAGCAGCAGCAGGAGGAUGAGAGGCGGAGUCUGACGAGGCGGGGCAGAGGACGACCCAGGAAGAGGAAACACUUGGCUACACCUCCCAAACUGGACAGCAGGCCUGUAAAGGUGGGUAGGACACUGCAAUAUUCUGAGGACUCUGAAGCUGGGGACGGACAGAAAAAGAAGUUCCGGGUGUCUCGAGAAGAGGAGGAGAUGGAGGCAGGAAGUGGAGGAGUGAAGACGAAAAAGAAGAAGAAGAAGAGCUGGAAUGAUCCGGAGCCAUCCACCAGUCACGGUCUGGAGGUGUUGAAGGUGAAGCGCGGACUCGUGUGUGAGCAGGAGCAGCUGGCGUCGGACCUCGACAGAGCGCUCUCGCUCUCGCAGCUCAGCUCGCUCGGCGCACCUCGCAAACUCGCCUUCAGCUCCAAGUCUGACAAGCCGAAGGGCAAGUCUGCGGAGGGUCGUAUGACGGAGCGCAGCAUCCACCCGUCCGCCAAAGCAGGGAAACACAAGAUGGACGCCAAGGCCUCCGUUGGAAACGCCCGGAAAGUGAAAGGUCAGAAGAACACCGCUUUGUUCUCGCCAAUGAGAUCAGAGCUCAGCAGCUGCUCCAAUAACUCAGAUUCAGAGGAGCACAAUUCUGCUCGAGGGGGCUGGCCCCCCCUCUCAGGGACGCGCUCUCACGGCAACCUGGCCAGGAAGAGGCGAUCGGCGGCGUCGCCGACCUCCCUGCUGUCCGGCCAGAAGGCUCAAAAGAAGAAACACAAGCACUUAUCGCUGCUGCUGGAGGAAGCGGGCCUCAGCUCCUCUGACGACUCCUUCGACCAAGAAACGUCCGAGGAUGAAGACGACUACGACAACGAGAAUGAGUCCGACUCGGACGAUGAAGGCGGCUGCGAGGAGAGCGGGCUCGGUCUGCUGGCAAGGUUCGCAGCGAGCGCGCUCCCCGUCAGUUCCACUCCAUUGAGUAUGUUCCAUGACGGCAAACAACGCAGCAGGCAAAGCACUCUGGGGUCAUCAGAGUGUGAGUGGUCCGACUCGGGGUCGGACCUGCGCCUGAGGAAGUUCCCCUCUCUGCUGCACGGCAAACGCUCAGCCCCAGAGCUCCCCCUGUUGCCCCCGGCAACCCGCCGCAUCGACCAGACCAGCCCCUCCAAGCGGGAUGACGUGCUGCCAGCCAAACGCAAGCCUCUGCCCAAACCGACGCUGCGCUCGCCGCGGCAAUUUAGCUUCGACCUCCUCUCCGGCCCCGGUUUCGGAGGCUUCAGCGAGGACGAGGGCUGGACCCGGCGACGCAGCGAGAGGAUCUUCCUCCACGAGGCCACCACCUCAGCCAAUCAGAUGCCUGCGUCGGUGUCCGCUUCCACCAGUCAGAGCUCCUCCUCCAGCUUAGCCUCGCCUCUCACCCCGAAGCCGGCCUCCAGGCCCAAACCCUCUCCGCCCAGCAGGGAGGGGAAAGAUGUGGUGAAAAAAAAGAGGCCGUCCACUGUGUGCAGUCCAAUCACAGACGUCCCUGCGCCUCUGAGCCUGAGCCCGGCACGCAAGAGCCAACCGAAAGCUAAGACAAAGGCCAGAGAGCCUCCCAGAGGAGCAGUCAGCCGGCUGAUGGAGAGCAUGGCGGCGGACGAAGACUUCGAGCCCAACCAGGACAGCAGCUUCAGUGAGGACGAACUAGUCCUACCGAGCAGCAGCAGUGUAUCGGAGAAGUCCUCUGCGCCUGCUCCAGUGCAGUGUGUGUUGGAUAAGGAUUCCCUGGUGGACGGACUCCGAGUUUUGAUCCCGAUGGACGACCAACUCCUGUACGCAGGACAUGUGAACACUGUCCACUCCCCUGACAUUUACAGUGUGGUGGUGGAGGGGGAGAGAGGAAACCGACCGCACAUCUACUGCUUGGAACAACUGCUGCAGGAGGCAAUCAUCGACGUGAAGCCCCCGUCCGUGCGCUACGUCCCAGAGGGCACCCGCAUCGCCGCCUACUGGAGCCAGCAGUACCGCUGCCUUUAUCCUGGCAGCGUUGUGAACGGAAGUUCCGAUAUUGACGAGAAUGAUGAUCUUAUCACGGUGGAGUUUGACGACGGCGACACAGGCCGCAUCCCCCUCUCCCACAUUAGACUGCUGCCACCGGACUACAAGAUCCACUGCGCCGAGCCGUCCCCUGCGCUGCUCGUGGCGAGCUGCUCCAGGAGGCGCGUUCGCAAAUGCAGCAAAGAGGGCAAAGAAGCAGGAACAAAGCUGGAGGAGAGCGCUCCGAAGAUCAAAGGGAAACCUGGCCGCAAACCCAAAGCCAAACCAGAGACCUCUUUGAACUCAGAUGGCCGAGAAAAAGCGGAUCCUCCAUCUUCCUCCACCCAGCCCGCAGAGAGACCCCAGGCUCCAGCUAAGCCUUCCCAGGACAGGACCUCCUCCGCCCAGAAGGCAGCUCAGGAGAAGCCCCGACCUGCCUCCCGGCCAUCAAUGGGAACCCAGGCAAAACCAGACCGUAAAAGCUCCACCACAUCUCCAGCAAGUAGCCCCUCCCUUCCCAACCCGGUGCCCAGGAAGGCCGGCUCAGCCCAGCCUUCUGCUCCUAAACUAGCCCGUGAUCUCCCUCCCUCCCUCUACCCCUCCACCUAUGGAAAAGUCCUGACUGUGGAUCUGUACAGCGAACCCAACCUCAGCUCAUACAACAGCCAGCGCAGAGAAAGAGAGAGCAGUAGCAGUGUCAGUCCCACCGCCAACAGGCCAAUGUCCAGACCCACUAUGGCACCGUCAUCUACUGCCCCCAAGCCAAGCGCUUUGACCACAUCCAGACCCACUUCUGCUUCACCCAAAACCAAACCCUCCUCGGACCAUCACAGCGGCUCCAGACCCAGCCACAGCUCUGGACUUAUACCUGGUCCCAUCUCCAGGCUGUCAACAGGCAAACCUGGCUCAUCACUGACUCCCAGACCUUCAUCUUCAUUAUCUUCAUUGUCAUCAUCAUCUGCCCCAAGACCCAAAAUAAAGAUGCCGUCCGACCAGCUGUCCUCCAGACCCAGCUCCGUCUCCAGGCCCAAGCCCAACUCGGGGCAAAGUGACGUGGGCUCAGUGGUGAGACGCAAGUCCCUGUCUGCAGAGCCCCUCGUGAAGCUCGACCAUGAAGGUGUCACCUCUCCCAAGACCAAGAAGACCAAGGCUCUGAUGUUGCUAGAGGGUCGAGGCGUCAGAGGAGACCACCUCCCCAACGCCACAGCCAAUCAGAAACUGUUAAAGGCUAGGCCAAAAGCCCCAGAAAGAGAGUCUUGCCUGCAAGAGAAAGACUCCACCUACAAAGCGCCGAUGCUGGCCAAGGAGAAGGCAGAGAGUCGGGGAAGUGCUGGCAGAGAAAAGGAGAUGGACACAAGGGAGGAGAAAGGUAAAAAAGAGGAGAAGAAGGAGUUGGAGAAAAGAGAGAAGAGAAAGAUUAAAGAUGAAUCUCAGAGUAGCAGCAGCUCAGAGUCGGAGGAAGAAGGCGAGAAGAGCAAGUUAAAGAAGAAGAAGAAGAAAUGCACCUCAAGUUGCUCAUCAUCCUCGUCAUCCUGCUCUGGUUCCUCCUCAUCUUCUUCAUCAUCAUCCUCUUCGUCGUCCUCUUCUUCCACCGAUGACUCUUCCUGCAGCUCAGAUGAAGAGAGGACCCCUACGCCUCCACCAGGCCCUAUCACCCCACCUCCAGUACAGGACAAACCGAAAGAAGAGACUAAGGAAGAAGAAGAGGAGGAGGAAGAGGAGGAAGAAGAAGAUGAAGAGCUGAAGAAGGAAGUGGAGGUAAAGGUGCAGGGAGAAGAGCUGUCUCCUCCAUCACAAUCUUCCUCCCCUCCAACCUCUCCAACUCCUGCUCCUGCGCCCGCCAAACCUGCUAAACCGGCUACAGGGAAGGGCUCGGGGCAAAGGGGUCGCCCUCCCAAGCCGAAGCCCAGUGGUGAAGAGGGGAAGGUGGGGAGACCCAAGCGGAGAGAGGGCGUCCACCUCCCCACCACCAAGGAGCUGGCUAAACGCCAGAGGCUUCCCAGUGUGGAGAACAGGCCCAAAAUUUCUGCUUUUCUUCCAGCCAGACAGCUCUGGAAGUGGUUUGGAAAACCCACUCAGAGACGCGGUAUGAAGGGCAAGGCGAAGAAGCUCUUCUACAAGGCCAUCGUGCGCGGGCGGGAGAUGAUCCGCAUCGGUGACUGCGCUGUGUUCCUGUCCGCCGGCCGGCCCAACUUGCCCUUCAUCGGCCGCAUCCAGAGCAUGUGGGAGUCUUGGGGCAGCAACAUGGUGGUCAGGGUCAACUGGUUCUAUCAUCCAGAGGAAACAAACCCCGGCAAGAAACUCAUCGACAAGAAGAACUGGGAUCAGAUGUGUGGUCAGUCUUUACCGGCGGCUCUGCACUCGUCCAUCCAGAGGAAAGACUUCAUGGAGCGCGCCCUCUACCAGUCCUCUCACAGCGACGAGAACGACGUGCAGACGGUCAGCCACAAGUGCCUGGUGGUGAGCGUGGAGGAGUACGAGCAGAUGACCCACACGCGGCGCUACGCCGACAGCGAGGACCUCUACUAUCUGGCCGGCACCUACGAACCCACCACCGGUAUGAUCUUCAACACCGACGGAGUCCCGGUCAUCUGCUGAGCAGACGCAGAACGAGGUUGACACUGGACCUCACGAGGAGUGACACCUGACCCCUGGUCGUCCCCUCCCCCCCAAGUCUAAUCACUGAUCUUCACUCAUGAUGAAUCUUCUCCGAACACUCCGCCGCCAUGGUACACUUCAAACAGACUGUCGUGAACAGCUCCAACCACAGAGGCUGGAGACACUAUAGACAGUAUUACAAGGAAGGAGUCUCCAGAAACCUUUGCACACACGGACUCCAUCAGCGCUGUUCUGCUUGAUGUGUUCAUCGGAACGCUUGAGGAUAUACACAAGCACUUCAGUCUCCUUUCACAUGUAAAUAUACUCAUAAACACACACACACACACACACACACAAUCGCACACGCACAGAAGCAUGUAAAUACUAACCUUCACGUAAUACACACAGUUAUAUAGAGGAAAAUAUGAGUGUUUUAUUUUCAUGUAAUAGAUUUAUGUCAGAGUACUUUUUUCUAAAGAGGUUAACAGUCGAGAAGCUUUAAUGAACUGUGAAUGAUGGUGAUGAUGAUGAGGAAGAGGAGGUCCGUGUCCGGACCGACGAACGAACGCAGACGGCGGUGAGGUGACGUUGUGCUUAUGAUGUUGCCGUGGUGAUGUUGCAGUCAUGUUACCGUCAUAUUAAUGUAUCUACAGAACAGCAGGAGCGACGGACAGCGAGACGCACAGAGAGAUAGAAGUAGAGACUCCUUCCAUUGCUGUCCAACAGAAAGCACUUAACGUCUAUCCUCCUUUUAAUUUAACCCCUUCAAUUCCCCUUGACAAUCCUAACUCGGGCAGGCAAACUGUCCGUGUGCUACGAACACCUCCCACUCCCUCAGAGACUCAGGCCUAAAGAGAGAGGACGGAAUCUUGUACUAUUAAAAGCACUUCCCAUUUUCAUCUUUAUUUUUCCUAUGCUUAAAGGAAGAAUCCUCCUUGAGAACAUUUAAACACUACGAAACCAGCUGCUGUUGAUGUUUCUUGUAUUUUGCCCAUUUGUUUUGGCACCGAGGCUGAACAACAAUACAGGGAGACCUCGACCCGAGAGUAGCUAGAGACACCACCUGACAGAAGCCUCAAAGAGACGCAGCGUAGCUCCACGAUUCUGUGUUUGGAAAGUAAACUAUAACCCUUGAUCACAAAGGGACUCUGAACCAGACAAGCUGGUGUAUUGACAGUGUAGCAGUAGUCCCACAGGGUGGAUUUGUCCUUUUCUUUUUUUAAAGGUGUUUUCAGGGUUGUAAACAUUGCAGUCGGUCCAAGAUGCAGCAAGGUCAUGGCGCUGAUGGCCCGUAUGAAGCUGCCAGCACUGAUUACAUCAUGAGCAUAAUUCAAUUUUAACACUCAUCUGCCACAGUUUGGCUUCAUCCAUUCGUUUUGGCUGCAGUGUUUUCAACCUCUAAAUGUCCUGUGUUGCAUUGUAUUUUUUUUCCGUUUGCUUCUGCUGUUUUAUGGACGUCGAGCUUUCCAUUUCCCCGUUGCAUCACGUUGCUUCCCUCCGAGCCGAUCACCUUUGACAUGAGUGCACUUUGAAUGAGCUCCACUGCAGAGGGGACUUUGUGACUGGGAGUGUUGUGUGUCUCCCUAGAGUAUUUACCUUGUCCUCUUCUCCCGUACACAGACGCAGGUAAACAAACACGCACUUUUCUUUUUGGCUCUCCGAGCUGCUUCUCUGAUUGUUUCUACGUGCCUAGUUUAACCGUCUUUAGGGUGAGACUGUUGAACGUCGUGCUCGCGAUUGUGAGCGUUUGGGCGGCCUUACGAUGAUGAUUCGCCAAAUCUCGCUUAGGUCCCACCCCCUACUCCCAUCAUCAAAGUAAUCGGAUUGGUGUUGCCCCCCAAAAUUGCCUUUCGUCUGUGGGAUUUAUAAUUGAAAUCCGUUCCUGAGCUUUAUCCUACUUUGUUACACUAUUGUGUAUAGAGUUUGUAUCAGAUCUAUAUGCAGUAUAUAGAAUACUGUGCGUAUAUAUGUAUGUGUGUGUGUGUAUGUAUGUAUGUGUAUAUAUAUAUAUAUAUAUAUAUAUAUAUAUA